AUGGUGGUUGUCACCCACAUCUCCACUUCCUUCCACCAAAUCUCCCCUUCCUUCUUCCAUCUCCGCCUCCGGAUUCCCGCCGCCGCCUCCUCCUCUGUCUCCUCUCGCCCCAAACGCGGAGGAGGAUACGGCGGUUUCGCACUGUCGAUCCGAGCUUACAUAGAGAAACCAAACUCCAUCUCCAGCUUCGCCAACACGGUCAUCGGUUCGCUUCCGGUCAUCGGACUCCUCGCCAGGAUCCUCAGCGACGAAGGCGGCGUCGGAAGGGAUCUCGUCGACUUCGCCGAGUUUCGGAAACGAGUUGGGAAUAAAUGCACACCUCAGGAUUCUAGGGCUUUCUACGAGUUCCAACAGCGGCGAGGCAAGGCAGGAGAGCCUUUGUAUGUGCUGCUUUGCUGUUGGGUUGCUGCAGUAGGUGCAGGUCUUUUGAAAUCCGAAGAGAUCCUUGAAGGUGUUACGAGGGUUAGCAUUUCGAAUGAUCUCGAGUUCGAAGAACAGAACUUCAUUGCUUUGAUGACUGAAGCUAGACAGAGAAGGGCAAAGUUGAAUGUUGCAGCGCCUACGAUACCUAUGGAGCUGAGAGUGGAGAAGGCUCUUGAAGGUAUAUAUGCUUGUUGCUUCAGGAGGGGAGCUAUCGAGGAAGAAGACGAGGAGCUUCUUCAAGUGAUGCUAACGGCGGUUUUCCCGUCGGUUGAGAAGGCUGAGAUAGAGAGAAUCAUCAAGGAGAAGGCGACGAGAGUCGCGGAAGGAGGAGAAGAGGAGAAUCUCACGGCGGAGAAACGGCUGCCUAAAGAAGCUAUUCAAAUGCAGAUGAAGGAUCUUGAGUUCCUUCAACAACAAAGCAUAGAAUCUUAA